GCUUCCAUCAAGUUAUCAUACUUCUCUCACUGCCUGCGCUCAGUCUCUCUCUACAAGCCAAAAGGCAUCAGUGUUUCUUGUAGCAUUGUUCAGCCGUUACCAUGUUCCCCAGGGUGAUUUUGAAGGCAACUAUGAUUAAAAAAUCUCAACAAAAGAAAAGAACAUCACCAUGUAACUACAAGGAGAGGUUUUUUGUAUUGGAUACUCAAGAUCUGAAGUAUUCUGAACGCCGUCCAGGGAGAAGGCCAAUGUUGAAAGGUUGCAUUGAGCUGUACAGAAUCAAGUGUGUGGAGACUGUUUGCAGUGAUGUCCCCAUACCAUGCAACUAUAAAUACCCUUUUCAGGUUUUUUACGACAACCAUUACCUCUACAUUUUUGCCCCAGACAAUGACUGCCGUCAGAGAUGGGUCAGGGCUCUCAAAGAGGAGACAAAGCACAACAAUCUUGUUGCAAAGUACCACCCAAACUUCUGGAUGGAUGGAAAAUGGAGAUGUUGCCAACAAACAGAGAAACUGGCAGCAGGUUGUCGCACAUAUGAUCCAGAGGGUUGUGCUUCUAAGAAGCCACUCCCUCAAAUCCCAGACCCAGAGAUGACACCAAAUGAUGCAGGACAAAGGAUGGUCAUCGCUCUACAAGACUACACACCGCUUGGAGAUGAUGACUUGCCUCUUCUGAAAGACCGGGAGUACGUUCUGAUCAACAGCUCCCACUCUUACUGGUGGGCCGUAAAGAAUGAUAAGGGGGAAACAGGCUUUGUACCGAGUACCUACGUGGCCGAAAAAUCUGGCAACAACUUUGAGAGAUUUGAAUGGUACAACAAACACAUAACCAGAGGGGAAGCAGAGGACUUGUUGAUGAAAGAGGGAAAAGAAGGUGGAUUCAUGGUGCGUGACUCCAGACAGCCAGGAGUCUACACAGUGUCAGUCUUCACCAAAGCACCAGGCUCAAAUGGGGAGAAGAAUCCACGAGUAAAACAUUAUCAAAUCAGACAGACAGAAACAGGAGAGGCUGCAUUUUACUUGGCAGAGAAGUACCUGUUCAGCACCAUUCCUGAACUCAUUUAUUACCAUCAACACAACGCUGCCGGCCUCAUAACACGGUUGAGAAGGCCUGUCUCUCAAGUUGGAGCCUGCUCCCAGGACCUUAAUGAUCUCACAACAGAUCAGUGGGAAGUGGACCCUGAGGAGUUGACUCUGGGUCGGGAGAUAGGCAGCGGCCAGUUUGGGCUUGUGCUGGAAGGGAGAUGGAACGAAAGGAAGGUGGCGCUGAAGAUGAUAAGAGAAGAGUGCAUGUCGGACGAGGAAUUUAAAGAAGAGGCUAAAGUCAUGAUGAAGUUGUCUCACUGUAAACUAGUUCAGCUCUUCGGCGUGUGCACCCGUCAUUCUCCCAUGUGUCUGGUGUUCGAGUUCAUGGAGAACGGCUGUCUGUCUGAUUACCUGCGAUCCCGGAAAGGGCAUUUGUCUCAGGCCACGAUGCUGGGGAUGUGUCUGGAUGUCAGUGAGGGGAUGGCUUACCUGGAGAGCUCCAACUUCAUCCACAGAGAUCUGGCUGCCAGGAAUUGUCUUGUUUCAAAGAACAACGAGGUGAAGGUAUCCGACUUUGGCAUGACCAGAUUUGUGUUUGAUGAUCAGUACACGAGCUCCCAGUGUUCCAAGUUCCCUGUCAAGUGGUCGGCACCAGAGGUCAUCAAAUACUGCAAGUUCAGCAGCAAGUCCGACAUCUGGUCAUUCGGUGUGCUUAUGUGGGAGGUGUAUAACGAGGGCCGUCUUCCUUAUGAGAACCGCACUAAUACUGAGGUGGUGGAGUCCCUGAACUCAGGCCUUAGGCUCCUGAAGCCACGACUGGCCCCAGACGCUGUUCACCUGCUGAUGGAGUGGUGCUGGAAGGAGAAACCAGAAGAUCGUCCAUCCUUUGCUCUCCUCCUGCAUGAGCUGGCCUCCAUCACAGAUCAGUGACCUGAGAUAAGAACUGAGUGUGAUGAGCAGCUAUAUUUAUUUUAUUUAUUGAUUUAUUCCCAGUGGCUUGUCAUAUCUUUUACAUAUGUCUAUACAUAUACCUGUGAAUGAAUCUGUGAGGAUUAGGAUCAUUACAAAGAAAAAGAGAAUUUCAAAUCUCUGGAUUUUGCACUUUAUCUGUUUCUUCUGUAUACAGUCCAUUCAUGCAGCGACUGCUGCUCACUGCAGUUUCUGUUAAAGUUUCAAAUAUCAUGUACAUUAAAGAGAUGAAAUGAUUAUGCUGUUAAA